ACACAAGUUCACUUGCUGAACAUUUUACAUCAGAGACGUCAGACUCAUUUUACAUCGAGGGCCACAUACAGCCCACUUUGAUGAUAAAGGGACCAUACAAGUGAAACUCCACUUCUUUUCAGCAUAAAGAUAUUUACCUGCACAUUUAAUCCCUGAGAUAUCUUAGUAUACGAUAACGAAGUGCGUUUUCAACAGAACAUCUCAAUUUUUCUGCAUGAUAUUUAUAUUAAAUUAUAGAAAAGGUUCUGGUAGCUCACUGCCCAGACUGUCCCAUAUCUAUAAAACAUAAAGCAUUUGUUUGUUGAAAUUUUUUUAGUUUUUUACUGAAUUAUUAAACAAGCCGAUGUUAAAUAUGAUGUAAAAACGUCUUGAUGCAUGCUCAGUAUCCAGGUAAGUAAAUCCCAAAAGGUUGAUUCUGUUCAUCCGGAUGUAGUGUUUUCAGUGGGAGAAGUGUUUCAUCACUCAUCCAAUUGACUUCUUCAGUCACAGCUGACUCCAGGUUUCCCCAACCUUAUAAACAGUACAUUUGCACAAUAACUGAAAUUCGCCCACUGAAUGAACAAUGGGCUGUGAGGUCAGUUCCUUGAUCAUUAAUAUGCAAAUUGUCAUGUCAUUGAUUAAUGGCCAUGAGUACCAUUCACAGAGAGUUGGGGAAUGGCUACAAUCACAGCAUUGUAAGAUGUGGAAAGAUGUACCCUUAGGCCCCCUCCUCGAUUCAAAGAUGGUCUUUCUAUAGCACUUUCUAGUCUCUGCUCUUACUGACCACUCAAAGCACUUUAGAAUAUAAGUCUCACUUUAACUAUAAAUCUCACAACUAGUUAUUUAGCAUCAGAUCCUUAAUAUGAUCACUAUCUGAGAGGCCUUUCAGAAGAUGGGUAGAGAUUAUCACUCUGUGGAUAAUAGUUCAACAGAAAUAAGAAUUACAUUUCUCAAUGUAAAAUUGCAAAGGUGCAGAUAAAAUUAGCAUUAUAAAAUGUUAAAAUUGAGGGACAGACAGCAGUGAAUGGGGCUACUGCAGCAACCUCACCACCAGGGUCUGGGUAAUGCAACUGCCCCCCCAAGGCCUAUGUGUAUGGUGAUGUGUUGUGAAUAAUAAUGAGUAUAGUGUAAUUAAAAAGGAGGGGUGGGUCACCGCGCAGUACAGCCAGCAAAACCACGUGAAUGGCCCUACCCACUACGACCUACGUGACCCCCUGCACCACAGGGGUGUGAGUGAUGUGUGGAGGGCUGGGAUCAUAUGUUUUAUGCCACAAAUAAAAAAAAAAACAACAACAAAAAAAACAUAAUGAAAUUUACUGCAUGCAGACAUAUUCAGUUCUUUAUAAUUCUGCAAACCUCAGUUCAAUUAUGUAUUACAAUUUCUCAAGUAACAUAAUUUGUUGGAUGGCCAUUUGAGUAUCCAAGAAUCAUUUAGGAUGUUGGGGUGCAACAUCUUUACCAGGAUUUUCCAAAGAUAUAGUAACAUUUUCAGUAACUUAACCACAUAGAGGCAGUCCACCAACUCAUCAAGCAAUUCAAGUGGCAUUACUCAACACAGACAUAAGAAAAUCAGACUGGUGCUUCAUACAUCUAGACAAGAAGCAAACUGGUACGAGUUUUUGAAUUCAUACAAACCCUCCCUUUAUUGUUCCACUCAAGUGUCCUACUGAAAAAUAUACAAAGCAUCUAUGAAAUGAAGCUUAUGUCUAACUUUAACAAGGAAGAUCUGUAUUCACUCAUCUGUCUGCUUUAGCAGGUUUUUGGCUGCUAAUCUAUUCUUUUACAUCACUUCCACUUUCCCACACUACAAAACUGAAUUCUGACAUCAUUGCUGUAGUCCAAUCAUUGUUCUGCCCACACUCUUUAAGCAAGUCAGCCUCCACUCUGCAUGCUUUAAAUUGCACCACUGCUGUAUUUCUGAACCACUGAUUUUAGAUGUUUAGUAGAAUCUCUCUAUACUUUCUCCAUCCUCCUUGCUAAGUAAUAAUAUCUCUGACCUAGGCCUAUGUUACCCAUGGGGUGUGUGUGUGUGUUUUUAAUUUGUUUGUUUUGUUUUUGAGGGGGGGAGGGGUCAUUACUUUGGAUACUUUUUUCUAACUUCAUUAGGUUUUUUUUUGUUUGUUUGUUUGUUUUUAGAAAUUAAAUCUAAAUUAGAUUCCUUAAAUUCCUUCAAAGUGCUCAGUGGUCAUACGUUUAGUCUGGAUUGAUGAAUAAGAGAGUAUCUGAGUUGUAUGUCAACUUUGAAAUGUUAGCCCCUUAUGUAUGCAGAUUGAGCUUCAGUAAACUACCUGAAGAAGCAUAAUUAAAUGCCCAUAUGGUCAGAGUGGCAGCAAUUACAUCAUAUCAUGUUCAGAGGAUGUAAGAAUUACAUACUCAGAUAACACUGCAUGUCUUUCUGUCAUCUCUUUUGCAGAACGGGUGUCACGGUUCUGGGUCAUUCUGACCCAGCUUCUUCAGUUCUUUGUGUUUUGCAGUUAAACACACCAUACUAGCACCAAGCUCAACCCUCACAUGGCCUGUCCGGCGUCACCGACUAAUCACGUGUCUCUGCGCGGGAUUGGCUAAACCAUUGGCGUUACGUCAGCAUCUAACUGUUCUGUGCACGACCCGCUUAUUAUCUGGCUACGUAAAUGAACGUCAUGGAUCCCUUCAGUACACGAUUUUUAAACCUAGGACUGGCGGACUUCUGCUACCAGGAGUGAGCAUUUUCUCUUAAAAUAAAGGUGCUGACAGGUGAGUAAACUGUACCGAGUUCCACAUUUGAAGGAUAACUGAACAGUUUUAGUCUGAGCCUCGUCUCCCUUUUUUCUAAUAUGGCAGAGUCAGUUUUGUUAAAUCUUUUGUGGAAGUCGUACAGUCAGUGAAUGGCGAGUUUCCAUUUGGAUUUAUAACAGGUUCACGUUUUUCCACUGAACAGCGCAAGCAUUGUAUUACAUAAUGGUGUUGGGGGUGGGCUUGUACAGUCUGCCAUAGCGUCUUAUCAAUUUCCUUCUGCUGCAGGCUCGUCAGCAUGUGCAUGCUGUUAUGUUUGCACAGAAUAUAUCAGAAAAGCACAUGAUGAUGAAAAAUAGACUAUUCUUGAAUGCAUUAUUGUCCAUUCUUGCAACUUUUCAAAGCUGACCGACUUACAAGUCGUUAACUUGCAGUCUUUUUUUUUUUUAACGUCAUUCACCAUACAGUACACUGUUAUGCUAAAUAGACUGUAUCAGCCAAGCCUUGCUUUAGUCAUGCGGGUGGUAUUCAUGUUAUGCUCUCCUCCAGAAAUGACAGAAAUGUUUGAUUUUAUGAAAAUUUAUUGUAAUAGAUUUUUUUUCCUCUUGCAACGUGUCUCCUUGAUGUUCUAAACCACAAAUUGCACAGAUGAUUUACCAACCAAGACUGACUUAUUCCAAUUCUGUGUGAACCUGCACCUUAAAUUCUGGCAUCAUUAUAAUCCUCAAAAUACAAAUUUAAAGACUUUACAAACUUCAAAUACAGUUGAUGGGUUUCUUGUAUUAAAAAAAUUAAAUAGCCACAUAAUACAAAUGUAUAUUUUGUGACUACUUGGAGUAUACAUUUUGUGUAGAUCUAUAAUUUCAAGAAGAACUAGAGCAUAUUAUACAGUCAUCGAUUUAGAAAAAAAGAAAAAGAUCUUCUGAACCUACUUACUUUGUUUCCAGAAGAGCUACCUCUGUUACAAGUUAAGCUGGUUGAAAGCAGUGGGAAAUAUUUUUUCACACAUUAUUAUAAUCACAAGAACUGCCACAAGGGAUGUUUCCUUUAUGCAAUAUGUAAAAGAAGCGACACUUCCUUCCUUGUAUUUCACCCAGCCUAUGUCUUUAUGGAGACUUCUAUUUUGGAAGAAGAAAAUGAGUUAUUAAAGACACAUGGACAUGAGACGGAGCAUAAAAUUGCAAUUUGGCAGUGUAUUUUUACAAAGACCACUCUAGAAAUGAUAUCUAACCAUUUAGGAGGUGGUGAAAGACUGAAAAAAUGAAAAAUGUUUUAGGUUGUAACAUUCCAGGCCACUAAGCUUCCAGGACUGGAUGAUGAGGUAGGUCUUUUGCAAUUUCAGUAUUCGUAUUUACUUUACCUUCAAUACUUUCCACAAAGAAUUUGUUAUUAUGAAUAUUUGUUUCUCAAAAAUGUGAUUUUAGUCUUAGUGGGGUUUUCUUUUCAUUCUGAGAUUUUAUUGUUGUUCACUCUAGUUCUGAUUAGAUACAUUUGGAUGUGCUGUGUCACUCUUGUUUACAGUUAGGUCCAUGAGUUCUUUAAACAAAGUUUUUUUUAAUGGUUAUUCUGCAUACCACCACAGUGGAUUUUAAAUUAGAUAAUCAAGAUGUGAUUGAAAUGCAGACUUUCUUUAAUGCAAGGGGUGUAACAGAACAAUUUUUGCCCACUAUUUACGAAUCACAACCAUUUUUAUAAAUAUUCCCUCAUUUUAGGAGGCUCACAAUUAAUUGAACAGUUGACCGGGAUGUAAUUUCAUGGCCAGGUGAGAUCUUAUUCCUCAUUGUUUCAUUACAAAUUAGACUGCUAAAAUCACGAGUUGAUUCCAAGUGUGAAACUUGUGGAAUUCUCAAUAUGUGGACCAAAAAGAAGUCAAUCCAAGUAAAUUAAACUAUCAUUAGGCCGAAAAACCAAAAAUCAAAGAAAUGUUGCCAACUACAUUCCUGUUGUAGUGUGGGAGGAAGACUUGUCGAUUAGCCUAACAUGUAUAUAUGAUUAACUGGUGGUUGUAAAUUGGUUGUAGGAGUGAAUGUGAGUGUGAAUUGUUGUCUGUCUCCCUGUGUUAGCUCUGCAACAGACUAGCAACCUGUCCACAUCUGAUCCUGUGACAUUUCCCCCUAAAUGGUGCCAUAUUUUAAAGAAAAUGCAGUUGUUGGUUGAGUAGGAGAGUUGAGUAUGUAGGUUUCACCCAUGAAAACUUGCCAAAUCAGUUUAUUCUGCUAUUGACUCUUGUUUGGUGUUGUUUACAAGCAAGAAUCAGACAUACUGAAAAUAGCAUGUGGAAGAACCAUUCACACACUAGCCUUGCACCUCCUCCUCAUGCUGGUCACCAGCUUAGUCACAAAAUGCUGUGGGAUGGCAUCCCAUUCUUCAACUAGCAUUUGUCACAAGUCAAACUAUGUGGUUCUGUUGGUCACUCUGGCACAAACAACACGCCCGGACUGCAGACCAUCCAUCCUCUCCACUCUCAAAUUCUGGAGCUAGUGUCUUAGAAACCCUGCUCUGUGGGGGUGAGCGUUGCCAUCUUGGAGGACAGAGUUUGGUGCCAGACUGUGGAAAUGAGAUUGCCAGUGAUUGCAAAUUUGUUUUUUCCAGUGAGUGAGAUGCUGCUCCACACCAUCAGAGUACCUCCAUCAAAAGCUGUUACCCUGUUAUUGGUUCUUGUUCUAGUUCAAGUUCUAGUGCACAUGUUACUGACACCAGUGCAAACAGGCCUGACAGUGAAGGGCAGUCAUGACAGGCCUGUGAGACCAAAGAUUGGCUGUUUGGUCUCACAGGCCACAUACUCAACUCUGCUGCUAAACCCACAAAUUUGUUGUAUUACGAAUGUGGCUUACUUUAGUGGGGGUGGGGUGGGGGGGUGGUUUAAGAUUAAUUGCAAAGAAGCAAUGUUACAACAAAGAAAUAAUCAACCAAACAAAAAUUUCCUUACUUUAUGAUCUAAGUUUUGUGUCCAAAUAUUUAAAAACCUAUCUGUACAUUCCUGACAGUGACAGUGAACACUGACUGUUGAAGAUUCUCUGCCCAUGUGUUCAUUUUGUAUUCACUAUCCAGCAACCAGCCUGGAUAGUAUACAUAUGUUGUUCAACUUCACCUAUUUACCUGAGUGCAUGCACAAGAACAAAAAACCUCUUAUUCAGAUACUGCCAGUAUCAAUGUAAUCAUUUUCCUCAUGUAGGCUUAUACUGGUAAUCUUUACCACCAGGAGUAUGGAAAAAAUCCAUCUAUAUGUCUUUUGUCUCAAAAAAAAGUGUUUGUUUUUUUAUAGUUUCAGAAUGUUAAAAGAACAGGAACCUUAUGGAGAGCAUAACACCCAUAGCGCUUCGAAGAAUGCCAAGGAUAAGAGUAACAGUGCCACCUUGUGGGCAUCUCAGGGUGGCACUCACAGGGUGCAGUCUGGAAUGGGUGACAAGAGCACCUGCAUGCUCUACUGUGACUCAGAGAAGGACUCAGAAAAAGACUCAGGGUACUCAGAGGCUGGCUCCGACUCUGUGCACACUGAUGUAGAUGAUCAACGCAGCAGUGUGAACGAACCUCACAGGGAAAGCAGAAAAUGCUCAAACAAUAACAAUGCAAAUCCUGCAGGCCCUGACAUGACUUCUUAUGAGAAUAUCCCCCCAGUUUGCCUGGUGCUCAAGCCGUCUGGAUCAGGGCAGCUUCUACAUGGCCCUCUGGGAUGGGGUGGAAGUUGGCAUAGCCUUACCAGUGGUAAAACACCCACUCAAGUAUUUCUGAUCCAACAGCCAACAAUUUAUGCCACCUCCUCCUGUGCCCCCACACCUUCUUUCUGUCUACCUCCACCACAAGGUCAAUUUAAAGAAGUAAGCAGCUGCAGCAACCAGAACCAUAGCAAGAACUCGUAUCUGCCCAUCCUGAAUUCUUACCCUCAUAUUGCCCCUCACCCCAGGAAGAAAAUCCAUGAGGGAAAAGGUACCAGAGUAGAUGGUGUUAAAGAGCUUUGCAGUGAAGGCCAAAGCCAGAGCAAGAGAGCAUGCAUUGAGGAAGAGAAGAGGGAAACUGUAUCCACUACUAUUCCCCUCCUGCAGCAGCAACAGAAAGAUAACAAAGUCCAUUUCCAGCAUAAAGUCAGAGGAGGACAUCCUCCUCCUAUCCUCAGCUUAUCUCACUGCCUGCUGCCCAGUUAUGCCUCAUCUAAAACCCAACACAAGUCCCGCCACUGUCACAAAAACUCCAGCUCUGAAAAUUUAGGCUCACUGUCCAUCUUGAGCUCCCACAUACCUUCUUCACCUUCUUCCUUUUCUCCCCUAUCCUCCUCUCCUUCCUCUUCAUCUCCCACUUCUUCAACAGCUCACAGUCCAUAUCACCUAGCUCUAGACAGCUCUUCCACACGCCAGCGCCGUUUCCACAACACAGCAGAAAUUCUCAACCAGUUGGGCCUGCUGGCUAUUACACUACGCACCAAGGAGCUGCUAAAGCAGAAUGUUGCUAUAGAGACAGAAAUUACCCAGCUACGUCAGCACACCCACCUCUUAUCCCAGGCCAGCCAAAACAGCGGCACUGAAGUCUCACAUAGCCUUGACAAACUCUUCCAAAUUAUGAGAGAAUCAGGCGCCUACCCGAACUUGGUGCUUUCAGAUGAUGAAAGUCUCAGCAGCAGCCACCAAAAGAGGAAGACUAUAAGACUGCAAGACUACACAGAGGAUAACACAGAAACCUCUAAAAUGCAAAGUAGCCUACCACAGGUUGUGUCUAUACACAACAUGAAUGAUGGAACAUCACUGCCCUCUCCCUUGUUUGCCCCUUCACCGGAUACAAAAGAAGCAGACCAUGCUUACAGUUCAGAGCUCAUGUCCCUGUCUCUCUUUUUCUAGAUCUGUUCAUAAACAAGGACACAAUGAGUCAGUCAUGGAAAAGGACUUAAGUGAUUUUACUGUUUUUCCAGAAACUUCAACACAUAGCAACUAUCUCCUCUACAAUCUUGGUGAAGAGGAGGAUGUGUUAUAGAAACAUGUGCAACCUAGCAAUACAAGAAAGCAUUUGAUUGAAUUGAAAACUAAUGAAAAAUGGCCAUAGAAAGGGUGAUUUUUACUGAUAUAUAUAUGUAUAUAUGUAUAUAUAUAUGUAAAUUUAAUGUUGAACACGAUUUAGAUAUUUUCCUACAUUUUGUCAGGGAUUUGUUCAUUCCAGGUGACCAUUUUUCAUCAAUAGUUUUACCUUAUGUGCACAGGCCUUAUAUGUUCAGUCAGGCAACUACAGCAUGUUAAAAAACAAACAGAAGCACAUUUGCUGUCACGACUCGGGUCUCUUGUGGAGAAUUUCAGCAACUGAAGAGUGACAGCAGUCUUUUGCUUUGUUACUUCAGAAAACAAUGCUUCCUGUCAGCAGUCCUGUCAUACUGUUAUUUCAGUAUUGUAAAUUGUUUCUAAUAAAAAGCUUCAAU